AUGACUUCAACCUCUAGCGAUAUUGUGGCCCUGGGAACCGUUAUCAAGGACCGAUGGAAGGUGAGCAAAAAGCUUGGCGGUGGAGGCUUUGGUGAGAUUUAUGAGGCCUUGGAUACCAUGACUCAGCAAAAGGUCGCCAUCAAGGUAGAAUCCUCUCAACAGACCAAGCAGGUGCUCAAAAUGGAAGUUGCUGUUCUUAAACGCCUACAGGGCAAACCACAUGUCUGUCGCUUUAUUGGGUGCGGCCGUAAUGAGCACUACAACUACAUCGUCAUGACUCUGCAGGGUCGCAAUCUCGCCGAUCUUCGGCGUUCUACGCGGCGUGGUUAUUUCUCCAUCUCCACUACAGUUCGAUUGGCUCGUCAAAUCCUCACUGCCAUCGAAAAUAUCCACUCGGUGGGGUUCCUCCAUCGUGACAUCAAACCAUCCAAUUUUGCCCUCGGAAAUGGUGUUGGACCUGGUUCGGUCAGUCCCAGAAGUAUUGUAAUGCUUGACUUUGGAUUGGCACGUCAAUACACCACCACUGGCGGUGAUAUUCGACCUCCUAGACAGGUUGCUGGUUUUCGUGGAACUGUGCGUUACGCCUCAGUCAAUGCGCACCUUAACAAGGAGCUUGGGAGACAGGAUGAUCUCUGGUCGCUUUACUACAUGCUAGCCGAGUUCAUAACUGGUGAACUGCCUUGGCGCAAGACGAAAGAUAAGGAACAGGUUGGCAUUAUGAAGCAAUCCUUUGACCAAAACCAACUUCUCAAAUUUAUGCCCCGUGAAUUCCGCGCUUUCCUUGAGCACAUUCAAAGUCUAACGUACUUCGACAAACCUGAUUAUCAGUAUCUUCAGUCACUGCUCAACAACUAUAUGGAGAGACGAUCAAUCAAUGACAGUGACCCCUUUGAUUGGGAGGUCACGAAUGACCACUCUGGUGCCAUGAGUGAGACCAACCAACAUCAUAUGAACCUUCCAGCUAAUGGUAAUGUAGAAAAUAACCGAGGUACCACUGACGCCAAAGCCACUAGAGGUUCAGGCUUGGGUGCUAACGGGGGCGUUGCUCCCACAGCUAGUGGUGCCGGUCUAGUGGUGACCAGUGGCUUCUACUCGGGUGUCCGGGCUAUGGCCUGCUCUGCUAAGAUGCAGACGGACGCCUCCGGCGUCACAAAUGGUGGUAACGUCUGUCCUGGUGGUGCUGGCUCCGGUUUUGGAGGCUCCUCACCCAAUGUCUAUAAGCUUGCUGGAGGCAGCGGGGUCGUCAAGCGCUCCGUCGAGGACGCAGUAAUUAACAACAAUGGGGAUCAGACACGUGCGCCUGCAGGUGCUUCUUCAACUGCGGCAGUCAAUGGAUCUGUCGGUGUUCGGAAAAUGCCAUAUUCUUCGUACUUUCGUUCAGGAGGUGCUAAUAACGCUACAACUCCACGCUAUCUAAAGGAAGUGAAAGCAGCCACUCGAACACGAGAUCAAAAGACCGCACUUUCACGGCCCUCCAAUUUGAGUAAAUCCCGUGAGGAAGGGGAGAAGAAGCCGCCUUCGGACGAGGGUGCCAAUAGCAAAUCGAUUCUGUGGAGUCGUCGGCCUAUUAGCGCGAGCACUAGCAAUAUUCGCAGCAGUGUUGGACCUGCAGGUAGCAGCGCCAGUCUCACAAACAUCGGUCGAAACGACACUAGUUGUACCCAUGCGGUUGUUGUGAUGGUGGACCAAGAGGGCAUCCCAGAUGUCACCCGUGCUGGUGCCUAUACCUUUGGCAGUCAGUGGGGUGGUGGUGAAGGGGAAAGUGAUAAUGAUUCGAGAAUUUCUGAGGACGAGGCGGAAGUUGGUGUCGGUGGUGGUGGUGUUGUCGCUUCUCUCGCUAAACGGCUUCACGGGGAAGGGUUGGAAUCAAGUGAGCGUCAUCAAAUCCCUCCACCACUAUCUCCUGGGGAGACUAAUGUGGACGAGUGUAAUAACAACCAUGGUCUCACUUCUGGAGUGCCCAAAUCCACACUUCCGCGUCUUUAUAUGCCAUCCCUUGCUACACCCGCCUUCACUCCGCAACUCUACUCUCGCUCACCCUCAAUCUCCUCUCAGGGAGGUGUUGGUCGCAAACUCCAGACCGCAUCAAAUAGGCGCCGACGCUUAAGUUCGGACAUUCGAACCAAGUCACGGACUCCAGAAAUCACCUCCUUGUUGCCUCCGCGUUGUGUUGGAUCAUCUGGCUCUAUUGUGGCGACUCCGGGUAGUGAAAGCAGUGGUUAUCACUCCUCCCAUCAGCAUCAGCAUCCUCCAAUGCCAGAAUUUUCAUUACCUGCAGGCCAUAUGCGCUCAUGGCCGCCAGAAACUGUUGCUCGAAAAGUUUCUGGCCUAGGUUUGAGACGACCCGCAGGUCUGUUGUCGACACCGCGGUUUCCAACACUCCUAACAAAUGUCGCAACGUGUCUAGUCGCCACGGAGGUGCCACGAGAAUCAGCAUCAAAUUUGGAUUCUUCUUCUGUUGCCAGGGUGACCUUGGAACCCCAACGAACUACAGCAGGGGCGGAAGAUGUGCCUGCCGUGGCGGCUGCUCCGGUGCCUUUCUCAAACAAACUCUCACCUUGUCAGGAUCCACCACAGGAGGUGCUUGUACUCGGAGGUACAAACACGGAGGAGCAAGAGGAAGGGGUCGCGAAGGGAAUUGUAGUGAGUAACCAUUCUAUCUUCAUUCUGUCUUAG